GCACAAAAUGAUGAUUUUACCGGCAAUCGAAAAGUAUUUGACUACGUAAUUCUGGCGUUUAACGCGAAUGUAGAUGGCGAUACUAAACAAAAAAGUUGCCGCAUUGUGUGAAACGCGAGGCGCGAAAUAUUGUAUUUCGUAUAUCGUUCUUUGCGAAAAAAAUGUGUGAAAGUGUUGUAUUCGCGAUUAACAGUUCGGUGUUGAUGAAUACUAAUCAACGCAAGUAUAAUUUGUCGUGCAUUGGAUAUCAUGAGUUAAGUCAAUGUUAAACAUGAACGAUUACUGUAUUAUCCUUAGGGUCUAAUAUCUAUGUGUGCGACUAGAGGUCGCAUUUGGUUUUCAAUGAUUUUAUAGGGAAUAAAAAAUAUACGAAAAACCAUUCAAAUUUCUUCGUGCGGAGAACCGAAAGUAUGUGUUGUGAGAUGAGAUAGAUAUUUAUAAAAAGACAAGAUGAGCGUUACCGGUAAACAGCUCUAUGAUAAGAUUUGUGGGCUACGACCGGAUCUGUCAUCGGGGAUCACAUCGGAGAUUUUGAGCAAGGUCUGUGACGAUCCUAACACGCAGCCUUUUCUGGAGUGGUUCUGUAAGAAUGUGAGCAACGCCAAUGUCCUCUCUAUUGAGGAAAUAAAAUUAAAAAAUUCAUUGCAAAAUGCUGGCGAGUGGCUAGAAAAUGAAGCAUUGGAUGUUGCGUUGGAGGAAGCAACCAAAGAAUAUACAGAUUUGCUCCAACUUGUCAGUAUAGACGAUACAUAUAGAGAAGAUUUGUUUGUAGAGUAUGAAACAUUGAAGGAAAGCUAUAAAGACAGCGAGGAAUAUCUUCAAACAUUGAAGCAUAGCACAAAAAAUCUAAAGGGUAUUGAGAACAAGUUGGAUGAUGACAUUGAAGAAAUGGAAACUAUAUUGGCUAAAGAACAGAUUGAAACAGAAAAAGCAUAUGAUGAUUGUAGUGUAAUUCUGAAAGAAUUUGACAAAAAUAAUUCUCAAUUCUCUGAGGAUGUUUAUAAUCUUUUGAAUAUAUAUGCAGAUGCUGUUAAAAAUCAAGGUAAUCCAAUAUUAUGGUCGCAAAUGCCCAUAGAUUUGUUUAUUAAACAAGUAGAACUUUAUAAUCAUUAUCUAAGUAUUUAUAUAAAAAAGCAAUUUGAAAACAAUAGUAAAAAAGAGCAAGAAGAAAAUUUGGAUAUAUUUCUAAUAAAUGAUAGUAGGGAGAAACAAGUUGAUGAAAGAAUGUACGAGUUAUUUUUAUGUAAAACCACCUUGACAAAUUCUAGAAUAAAAGACAUUAGUGCUAAUGUGCAAGAGGAGUCUUAUAAAGCAAUGUUACAGUGUGUGCAAGAUAUCUGUAAUGAUGGAAUUUUAAAGGUACCUGGGGAUAGUAAAUUACAAGAUGAAAUACAGACAUUAAGCAUGAAAAGAGAUUUCCUGGAGCAGAAUGUCGAACUUUUACGGGAUCAACAAUUUUCUGAAGAAGUAGUACAAUUUGCAGAAAUGGAGACGCUAAAAAUCUUGAGGAAUGAUGCUCUUGCUCGUCUCGAACGCAGAAAAUCUCGUCUAGAAAAACUCAGGAAUUUACACUCUCUCGCAGUAAAGCAUGGACAUGUUUAUGUGGAUUUACUGUGUAUGUUAAUGGAGAUGCAAUUUUGUUCUCUACGUGAGGUUGCUGAAUUUAUUGCCGAUGCUCAUCAUUACAUCACUACAGAAUAUAAACUGUCCUCUACAAGAUGUGAAGUCAUGCAACAACAACAAGACGAAUAUGCAACUGUCAUCGCACAAUCUUCAAAUACUUAUAAUAUAUUUAAUCAAAUAUUCACUUCCAUGAUGCUCGAUAACGAUACUUCGGACAAAUCAUUUUCUUUGGCAUUGAAAAGAUAUGAUAACCUAAUGGUUGAUAAUAUGGAGAAGAAGAAAUUUAUGUUGGAAACAUAUAUAAAUAAAAUUGAUGAAUUACAAAAAUUAGAGGAUGAAGUUAACAAGGAUUAUAUGGCUGAGAUACAAAACGGGCCGACAAUCAGCUUUAGGCCAAUUUCAUAUGAAAUAAGCAAUACAUACGAAGAAAUAUCCGCAAUCAUUCAAGAAAUACAAGGAGAUUUAACAAGGAUUAGAAAUCAAUUCAAAGAACAAAUGAGGAUGGAUACCAAUUUAGAACGCGAGAAGGACAUUUUAUGGCAGAGAUUCUUGGCAGAGCCAGAUGCGUUAAGAAUGAGAUAUGAGGAAGCGAAAGAAAAAGCAAACGAAUCUCAUUUUGGACACAUUACGGAAACGCUUAGCACCUUAUAAACUUUCGUGAAAUUUAUUUAAAUAAUACAUAUUGACUUCGAGCAUUUCGUCAAACUGAAGGUCUGUCAUCGUCAGAAACGGCGGUACAGUAACGGGAUACUCUGUAUAGUCAGCAGUUCACUGGCCUUCUGAUCGUUGGCGCGCAUUGAAGGUAUUCUCUGCCAGCUUCUAGAAAUUUGCUUUUAGCUUUACGUUCGUCGAUUUAUCUCACGUUGAUGGUAACCGCGAAACGCUGUGAUAAACCGUUCGUGUGUUACAUGAAACCGCGAUAUAUCUUGGAUUUUCCACGACGGUAUUUGAUAUCCUGCAAAGAGCGUUUAUUAUCCCGGUUCUGUGAACAUUAUUUCCUUUAAUACGCAGCGAAAUCCUCGCAAGCUCGAUUUUUCUCAUCAACGUAUAGCAAGAGAGCUGUUUACAAUGUUUCCUAACAAUUCUCACAAAAGAGUUGACUGCACGAUAAUGACUAAUAAUAAUAGCAGCUAUAAAUUAUGGUUCUUAAAGAUCCUUGCGGGUGUAAAAUGAAACCAACAUAGUUUUACUAGCCACUUAUUCGACGGUUCUGGCUUGAAAGCGGCAACUAGAGACAGAAAGAAAAGGGUCGGCUGUCGAUUUCAGGCAAGUCAUUUAAUGUUAACUCGUGUCUUCUAGAAAUUGAUGCUCAUUCUUCGGAUACGAGGCAGCUGUUUUGUCGAUACAACACAAUUGUGUUGCGUAUAUGUAUAAUGACACUAUUAUUUAGAAUCUUGA